GGCAAAAUAGAGAGAAGUGGGAGGGAAAAGAAGAGAAGAGAAAGUAGUAUUAGUAAGCAGCAGCGAGAGAGAAACUGUGAAUUAGGUUUUCUUCUUCUUCUUCUUCCAAGAUGAGUACCAUGAAGUUUUGCCGUGAAUGUAACAACAUUCUUUACCCUAAGGAAGACAGAGAACAGAAGAUUCUCCUCUAUGCUUGCCGCAAUUGUGAUCAUCAGGAGGCUGCUGAUAACUUCUGUGUGUACAGAAAUGAAAUUCAUCACUCUGUUGCUGAGCGCACUCAAGUGUUGCAGGAUGUAGCUGCGGAUCCAACUCUUCCUCGCACCAAGGCUGUUCGCUGUGGUCAAUGCAGCCAUGGUGAAGCUGUGUUUUUCCAGGCAACUGCAAGAGGGGAAGAGGGAAUGACUCUUUUCUUUGUUUGCUGCAAUCCAAACUGUGGACACCGUUGGAGAGACUGAGAUUCUAGCCUGCUCAAAUCAAGGUUUAACUGUUGGGGAAAUCUAACACAUUUUGUAGUGCACUCUUAAGAUAGAAGAGAGAAUUUUGUAGUUAAUAUGAAAACACGGCACGUGUGCUACCUGUUUUAAAUAUAGUUGUUGAUCAAAUGAUUGAUGAACAAAUCCCUGUGUUAGUUUGAUUGAUGGACAAAUUCUACCAACUAAAAUCUUCAUAGUAUUGUUGAAUGGAUCUCCAUUUUCUCUCUUU